AUGGCUCGCUCCCCUCACCCCUCUGGCUGGAGGGAGAUGACAAAUGGAGGAGGGCACCCCCAUUACAACCAUGGUGGCCAGACCGGGGGUUCCCACAGCACACCGCGCUACAUGCAGAAGAAACACCACCGCCACAGACGCAGGUCCUCCUCCCCGAUGGGCCGGGUCAUUCUCAUCAACUCACCUGUUGAUGGAGGCGAGGACAGUGAAGACAUUCACACAGUGACAGUAGAUAAGAGUCCAGAUGGGCGGUUGGGGUUCAGUGUCCGUGGGGGGUCUGAACAUGGUCUCGGCAUAUUUGUCAGCAAGGUGGAGGAUGACAGCACUGCAGAGCAGGCUGGGCUGAUGGUGGGCGAUAAGUUGGUGGAGGUGAACGGGGUCAGCCUGGAGAGCAUCACCAUGAGCAGCGCUGUGAAGGUCCUGACGGGCAACAACAGGCUGCGGAUGGUGGUGAGACGAGUGGGCAAGAUCCCCGGCAUCCGCUACUCCAAGGAGAAGACCACAUGGGUGGAUCUGAUUCACCGGCGGAUGGUGGUGGAGGAGAGCGGUCGCACACCGUCAGAGACGAGUUCAGACAGUGCUCUCCGCAGGAUCGUGCAUCUCUUCACCACAUCAGAUGACUACUGUCUGGGCUUCAACAUCAGAGGAGGCAAAGAGUUUGGACUGGGAAUUUAUGUUUCUAAGUUGGACCCGGGUGGGCUUGCAGAACAACAUGGCAUAAAAAUGGGCGAUCAAAUCCUUGCAGCAAACGGGAUCGGUUUUGAUGACAUCACCCAUAGCAACGCAGUCGAGGUCCUGAAGAGCCACACCCAUGUCAUGUUGACCAUCAGGGAAGCCGGGAGAUAUCCUGCUUACAAGGAGAUGGUGGCAGAAUACGGCUGGCUCGACCAACAGGCCAAUGGGGGCCAUGCUCCAUCCUCCCAAGGAUCAGACUCAAACUCUUCUGCCUCCUCGUGGUCCUCCAGCACCCCUCUCAGCUCCCUAAGUGGUCUCUCCCAGGUCCUUUUCCCUCAGGUUUUUGGCCCAGACAUGGUAGACAUCGCCAUCUCCACAGAGGACCGCUCCCGACGGCCAAGCAGCGCAGAGAGAACUGCUGACACCGCCAUGCAGACCGACCCCCAUCCUCCAAACUACCAGGACCACCCCUUAACUAAUGGGUCGUUCCCUGAAAUGCCAGUCACCACAGAAACCAGCAGGACUGUAGGGGCCACGGUGCUUCUGAAGGACACAGUGAUUCGAGGGAUAGGUGAAGGGCCGAAGGAGAUGGGAGGAGCUGGAGAAGGAGGGCGGAGACGUACAAGGACGCUGUCAUCUGGGAAACAGGAAGAAGUGAAAGAAUCACCUAAGACGGCGGCGCUGAUGGCCCUGAGCAGACCGCGUAAACCAAUCAGACGUUCCCAGAGCCACAUCACUGCAUCAGAGGAAAAACAAAAGAAAAAGAAACAGCAGAAGGAAAAGAGCACGAGAGAGGGUAAAACCAGCCUGCAGCGAUCCAAAACCUUUGUCAACCUCUUCUUUAAGAAAGACCGUAAAGGGAAGAGCCGCUCCAAGUCACCGUCCCACCAAGCAGACAAAGAUAAGGAGCGGGGUCGUUCUUUCCAGCUCUUGACCUCUCCGAGGGAAUCCCGUGCUGGGGUUAAAGACAACAGCCCCCUGCCCCGACCAGAGACCCUGAAGCAUGUGGAGGACAUGGCCAAGAGACUGCUCAGUCAGGAUGAGGUGGCUGCUGUGAUGAGACACUGCAGGCGGUUUUUAUCCGAGAAUGUGACUGAGGAUUUGGUGCGUCCUCUUUUGGCAAUCUUGGACAGGCCAGAGAAACUUCUGCUUCUCAGAGAAAUAAGGAUGCUGAUUCCUACAUCAGAGCUGGGUCGGUUUGACAGCAUGGUCAUGCCCUUUGAGCUGGAGGCGUACGAUAUUCUGAAGAGUCGCUCUGUUCGUUCUCCAGCUCUGCGCUCCCCUCGCAGUGGAACCCCUCGUCGUCACCUCAUCACGCCUGUCCCAGACUACAGGGGUGGGUUCCACCUCCAGCCGGUCCAGGACACCCAGCCGGAGCGUCAGUUGAUUGAGGAUUUCGAGAGGUUGCAUUUUUCUGGCCAGCAGUCAGGCCAUCUGCCUCCAUCCCGUGCCUUCACCCCUCUGCUGGAUGUACCUGUGGACAGCUACACCUCCUCCACCGGGCGCACCCGCUCCCUGAGUCCCUCGCCCACCCACAGCUUACUCCUCACAGAAUCCCCUCACAGCACCCAGCGUGGGCGCCAACCCCAUCGCUCUCCCAACAGAAGAGAAAACGGGGCCUCGCGGUAUGAUGACAUCUCCUUGUUGUCAGCGUCUGACCGAGGAGACCUUGAUCGAGGGAGGUCACCUGUGAGGAAUGGCCAUGGGAGGGCAAGGAGGGAGGUGAGUCCUGACAGCAUGGAGGGCAGACAGCGCAGGCAGGAGGGCUUCACAGAGGUCAGCGUUCGUGUUCCUUCACAGCGGAAAGGGAGAACCCCUCUGUCUGAUGUGUUCGAGCCCCAGAGAGACAAGAGUCCAUCUACAGGCAGAGAGAGCAGUCAGCAGCUCAAUGGACAUUCACAUAACGGUCACGGUGUGAAAAGAAGAGCACCUGAAGAGUAUGCAAUCAACGCUUUGACCAUCACCAAGGCCAAGCAGUCACUGGGCAUUAGUAUCUCUGGAGGGAUGGAGUCAAGAGUGCAGCCCAUGAUAAAGAUUGAGAAAAUAUUCCCAGGAGGAGCUGCGUCUACAAAUGAGUCUCUUAAGGCAGGAUAUGAGCUGUUGUCCGUGGACGGCGAGAGUCUUCAGGGGGUGACUCAUCAGCACGCGGUGGACGUUAUUCGCAGAGCGUUCAGUAACAAGGCCAAAGACCCGAUGGUUUUUAUGGUCAAGGUCCCAAAGGUCCCCAGCAGCCCCAGGAGACCUGCGGACUAACCUCUGUGUGCCUUACAGUCAAACUGAUGUUCAGGCAUGAGGACACAAAACCUGCAACUCCGGCGCUAGUGAAUGAAUCCAGGAUUCACUCCAGAAGAAGAAAUAUGGGACAUCUAGAUCUCCGGUCACUGUGGAGGGGAACGGAUACACAGAAGCAUGUGUCCUAUGAAAGGCAGAGUUAUGACAGUAAAUAUGUCAAAUAAAAGGUGGACAUUAGAGAGAAGGUUUGUACCACUGCUACAGUAGUUUAUUUAUCAGGACACCGAUAAGAUCCAGUUUGCUACAAUGUAAUUAAGUGCACUGCAAAUGUAAUGUACGUUUUUUAACAUUCUUAGUGUUUUUAGCAAACAUUUGACUUAAUACAUACAUUGCACAUCAACUAGACAAACAUUAAGUAAUACAGUUUUGUGAUAAUUGAAUUCAUGAACUCCUCCUUGGUUGAAAUUGCGGCAUUGUUUGACUCUUGGCAACCCUGCCGUGACCUCUAAGUCUGAUAGUGGUCUGUGUUUUUCAGCUGGAGCAUCUCCGUCCCACAGGCCUGCCAGAGAGAGAUUACCCCAGCCUGCGUUAUGAGAUUUAUAGAUUUAUACACAGAUUAAAACCCUGUAUUAUGUCAAAACUGAUAGUUUGGGUUUAGUGGAUGUCAGGGGGGAUUAUUACGAAUUGCUGCUCAGUAUUUUUGUGCCGUUUUUCUGGCAAAAGUGCUGGUGCUCUGGAGCAAUCCGCCACUUUAGAGGCUUAAUUACACCCCGCUGUGGACUGAGCUUAUGCAGACAUGUGGAGGAGUUGGAAAAACAUGUCAAUGAGAAAUGCAGGACAUGAAGGCCAGUGGUAUGGUUUAAAUUAAAGUCGGGUAGAGGUGAUAUGGGCAGCAAGGUAAUACAGUGUGCGUAGUGCCUUACUUAUGCAGAUGGCUAAUGGGGAGAAAUACAUACAAAUGUGCUAAAAAAGCGAAAGUUAAAACCUUUUGAUUCAGACAUGCAAUUCAAUUCAAAGAUGAAAUUGAACAUAUCUAUUGAGUUAACAAACAAUAAAAGCUCAUUCAAAAUACUGCUUUAAUUUCAUGUUUCAGG